AUGGUCCGCUUCACGGCCGCCCUGCUGCUACUGUUCACGGCUUUGACGGCAGCUGCGCCUACGGAAUUGCCCUCCCAGGUGGAUGGUCUUCAACAAGUGAUUGCAGAGCCGUCCAAAUCGCAGCCUCCUCCUAGACCGCUGCAGGGAAGGUUCUUACACAUUACAGACAUCCAUCCCGAUCCUUUUUUCCUAGCGCAUUCCGACCCGGACGAGGCUUGUCAUCGAGGUAAAGGUUCUGCAGGAUACUAUGGUGCAGAAGUGACCAGUUGCGACUCACCUUUCUCCCUGGUCAACGCCACGUUCAGGUGGAUCAAAGAGCACUUCAAAGACCAGGUGGACUUUGUGAUUUGGACCGGGGACUCUGCUCGACACGACAAUGAUGAUAGCAUUCCCCGAACAGAUAAAUCCGUCAUCAGGCUCAACCAAUUUAUCGUGGACAAGUUUGUCGAGGUGUUUGGAAAGUCGGACAAUGUGGACGAUCCUGAUCCGACCAAUGAUUUCGUCGUCCCAAUCGUCCCUACCUUCGGAAACAACGACAUCCUCCCUCACAAUAUCUUUCAGCCUGGCCCUAACAAGUGGACCCGUUCAUACAGUGAGAUCUGGCAAAAAUUCGUCCCGCAGGCGCAGCGUCAUUCAUUUGCAAGAGGAGGAUGGUUCUUCACCGAAGUCAUACCGAAUAAACUGGCGGUCUUCAGCCUGAACACCCUGUACUUUUUCGAUUCCAAUUCGGCGGUUGAUGGGUGUGACUCCAAGAAUGACCCCGGAUAUGAGCAUAUGGAAUGGCUGCGAGUGCAGUUACAGUUUAUGCGGGAGCGAGGCAUGAAAGCUAUUUUGAUAGGGCACGUCCCACCUGCGAGAACAGAGAGCAAGCAAAGCUGGGAUGAGAGUUGCUACCAGAAAUACACGUUAUGGAUGCGCCAGUAUCGCGAUGUCAUUGUCUCGUCGAUGUUUGGCCACAUGAACGUCGACCACUUUAUGUUUCAAGAUGUGAAGGAUCUGGUCUACAAGUUCGACAUCGAUGGCAUCGAUGAUGAAUUCACCCGACCGGGUGGACUCUUCCCCGAAUCACACGACGAUACAUUGACCAUUGCGGCGAAAACGCAAUAUUUGAAUGAAUUGCGGGUUAAGUGGUCUAACCUUCCCCGACCUCCACCAGGUUAUUCGUAUCUUACGCCGGGAGAUUAUGAGUCUUCGGAGAUACCUGAGAUCGAGAAGCAGAAGAAAAAGAAGAAAAAGCAUGGUAAGAAGAAACAGUUGGAAGAGUUUCUGAAAGACAUCGGGGGUCUAUGGGGUGAGAGGUUCAGCGUGAGUCUCGAUUCGCCCAGUGUGGUACCUAACUUCUUUCCGACAUUGCGAAUUGUGGAUUACAACAUUACGGGCAUGGAGCGUGAUCAUCCGGCUCCGAAGGCGAUAGGGAGUCCUGUGAAGGAGUCCGAAGUGGGUUCCACCGUCGAUCUUGCAGAUGCUCUGUUCGAUGUGAAUGACAACCAUCUGAGUCUCGACCAAGGCGCAGAAGAUGACGUUCACAAUCUGAAGAAGAAAAAGAAAAGAAAGGGCAAGAAAAAGAAGCACCGCAAGAACAAACCCAAAUUCCCUGUUCCGAAACCGCCUCCAAAGACUUUACCGCCAGGGCCAGGCUACUCACCUCAGCCGUUGUCUCUGCUGUCUUAUACUCAGUACUUCGCCAAUCUGACUGAUAUCCACGAAAGGAUGCAUUCGGAUAAGAAGUCGAAAGAUCCCUUCAAACAUUUCCACUAUCGGAAACUCUACACGACCAAUAAUGACAGUCACUAUCAGAUGCCAGAUCUGACCGUGCGAUCAUGGUUGGAUCUCGCGGAGAGGAUAGGCCGGGAUAAGUUGUCCAAGUCGGACGUGCAGUCGACUGAGGAGCGGCAACCGCAGUCGGAAGUUGAAAGCAGUCGGAAAAAAGACAAGGAAAAGCAGACGGCCAAGAACCACCUCUGGAAGGUGUUUGUCAAAAGAGCCUUUGUCUAUACCAAGCCGGAUGAUGAGAUUGAUCAGGAUUUUGGAUAA